AUGAGUAUGAGUUUCUUCGCCGUCAGGGACAUCAAGACUCAUCGGCAUCUGCGGUCUCGCGUCUCGUCCGGGUACUCCAUGACUGCCAUACAAUCCAUGGAGCCCUUGAUACAAGAUGCCGCAAACUCUAUGUGGAAGAGAAUGGCAGAGUUUGCCGAUAGGAACGCUCCGGUUCGCAUGGACGAGUGGGUAAACUACUUCGCCUUCGACGUGGUUGGCAGCUUGGCUUUGGGAGGCCCCAUCGGUUUCAUAGAGAAGGGAAAGGAUGUUGAAGGCAUCAUCCGGUCAAUCCACGACGGCUUCUGGCUCAUGGCAAACAUGGGCAACAUGCCACUUCAAAUGGCGUGGUUCAACAACUGCAUCGCGCAGUGGGCCCUUAGGUCCUUUGGCGGCGAACGGCUCCAGGCCUUCUCCAGAUUUGUGGACUGGCUAGAGGUCCGCGUUGACGAGCGCUACCGAAAUGGCCUUGGUUUCAAGCGGCGAGAUAUGUUACAGCUGUUCAUCGACGGCAAAGAUAUGGCAGGGCAGCCGGUCACAAAGGGCGAUGUGAUGAUGGAAGGCGUCAAUAUUCUGGGCGCCGGAGCAGAUACGACAACUAUUGGCAUUCUUGCCACGCUGGGCUCGCUUCUUCUUCAUCCCGAAGCGAUAGGCGAGACAUAG